AGAGAGAGAGAGAGAGAGAGAGAGAGCUGAUUUGUCUUCUCUGUUCUGUUGAGUGUUGCGAAGGUGAUUGAGUUCAGUGAGGGAGAAGAGGAUAGAAAGACCAAGGCAUUGAUCUCUUUUAGCAUCAUCAUUAUCGGCUAUCAUAGCUAGCUGGUAUAACGUGGGUUGUAAGGGAGGAAAAGGGAGAGAGAAAUGGAGAUGAUGGAGACGAUGGCGGCGGCGGCGGCGGUGGAAGGAGGAGUGGUAGUGAUCAGGGAGUACGAGGCGGAGCGGGACAGGGUGGGAGUGGAGGCUGUAGAGCGAAGGUGCGAGGUAGGGCCCAGCGGCGGCGGCAUGUCCCUCUUCACCGACCUGCUCGGCGACCCCCUCUGCCGCGUCCGCCACUCCCCUCCCUUCCUCAUGCUGGUAGCGGAGGUGAUAUGUGGGUCGGAGAGCAGGGAGAUCGUUGGGAUUGUGCGCGGGUGCAUCAAGACCGUGGCCUGCGGCGCCCGGAAGCCCCACCGCGGCUCCAGCACUACCACCGCCCCCUUAACCUCCCUCGCGAAGCACCACACCGCCCCUUCCCCCAUCUAUGCGAAGGUCGCGUACCUCCUCGGCCUCCGCGUCUCCCCCGCCCACCGACGACGAGGGAUCGGGUUGAAGCUGGUGGAGAGGAUGGAGGAAUGGUUCAAGGAGAAGGGGGCGGAGUACGCGUACAUGGCGACCGAGAAGGACAACGAGGCUUCCAUCCGCCUCUUCAUGGGGCGGUGCGGCUACUCCAAGUUUCGCACCCCGGCCAUCCUCGUGCAACCGGUGUUCGCGCACCGCCUUACCCUCCCCCGCGCCAUCGCCAUCAUCCGCCUCCCCGCCGCCGACGCCGAGGCCCUGUACCGCCGCCGCUUCGCAGCCACAGAGUUCUUCCCGCGCGACAUCGACGCCGUCCUCGCCAACCCGCUCUCCCUCGGCACCUUCCUCGCCGUCCCCGCUGGCUGCGCCGCGGCGGCCAGGUGGGAGGGGGCGGACGCCUUCCUGGCGGACCCGCCGUCGUCGUGGGCGGUGGCGAGCGUGUGGAACUCCAAGGAGGUGUUCCGGCUCGAGGUGCGGGGCGCGGGGCGCUGGCGGCGGGCGCUGGCGCUGGCGAGCCGGGCGGUGGACUGGGCGCUGCCGUGGCUGCGGAUCCCGUCGGUGCCCGACCUGUUCCGGCCGUUCGGGAUGUACCUUAUGUACGGGCUCGGCGGGGAGGGCCCCGCAGCGGCGGCGUACGCGCGGGCUGUGUGCCGGCACGCGCACAACAUGGCGCGGACGGACCCGGGGUGCCGGGUGGUGGCGGCGGAGGUGGCGGCGUGCGAGCCGCUCCGCGAGGGGAUCCCCCACUGGAGCCGCCUCUCGUGCGCCGAGGACCUGUGGUGCGUGAAGCGCCUCGCCGAGGAGUAUAGCGACGGCGCCCUCGGCGACUGGACCAAGGCCCCGCCGCCGCCGACCAUCUUCGUGGACCCCAGGGAAUUCUAAAGCCGACGGCGGCGCUUCGUCCUCGCCGUCGCCAGGUUUACCUCGCUCGUUAGCAUCUGCCUAUCGUAACGGUGGGACCGGGACAUCCGUUUUGUAAAGUGGCGUGGCCUUUCUAUAACGUUUUCUGUUCUCUUUCGAGAUUUUGGCAACUGUUGGGAGAAUGAAAGGGACUGAGAUAUGGAUGAAAGGGUGGGGGAUAAAAGCGGGGAUUGAGUGUGGAAAGAUGUGGAUGAAACCUAUCUUCUUUUCUUUCUACCUUUCUUUUUUUCCUCUCUCUCUCUCUCUCUCUCUUCCUCUUUCUACCGCUUCUUUAUCUUUGUCCUUUUUAAGAGGGAAUUUCUCUAGCUUCAGAUCUUAUGCUCUCUUUUCUGGA